UCUCGUCAGGUCCUCCAGGCUGUGACAAGGCCCCCCCACCUGCUGCUGGGCAGUCAGUGAUGAGAGUCAGCAGGUACAGACACACGGACGGCGAGCAGCUGCUGGAGCGGUUUGAACCAUGAAGGAGCUGCUGCUUGUCCUGCUGGUGACGGAGGUGUCCUCCAGGUCCAAUAACACCCGGUGUAGGCUGGGCUGUGACUGUCGUAGAGAUCUGAGGUUCACCAUCUGCUCCAGAGCUAACCUCACCCACCCUCCCAGUGGAGUCCCCCCCUCCACCGAGCUCCUGGACCUGUCAGACAACUUCAUCUCCAUCAUCCCCAAAAAGGUCUUCAGCAAGAACCGCAAGCUGAGGAUUCUGCUGCUGCAGAACAACAACAUCAGGGUGGUGGAGGAUGGAGGCUUCUCACAGAUGGAGUUUCUGCAGAAGUUGGACCUUAGCUGGAACCGGAUCUCUACCCUGACUGAGGGCUUCUCCAUUGGGCUGACCUUCCUGCAGGAGCUGCAGCUGUCCCACAAUCAGUUGGCCAACCUGGACAGCCGCUGCUUCUUCCAUCUGGAUGGCCUGCAGAAGUUGAAUCUGACCAACAACAGCAUCCACGCCGUCCAGAUGAGGUCCUUCUCGUCCAUGAGCAGCCUGCGGCAGCUCCACCUGCAAGACAACCAGCUGACGUCUCUGAGGAGCGGUACCUUCUCCAUGCUGCGCUCCCUGGAGGUCCUCAACCUGGCAGGGAACCAGAUCAGUGACAUGGACCUGUCUGUUUUCAGUCCGCUCACCAGCAUGACGGUUCUGAACCUGGCCCACAACCAGCUGUCCACAGUCACCUUCAAAACGUUCCUGAGCAUCCACGCCUACAGCACCCACAUCCAGUUGCAGGGGAACCCCUGGAACUGUGACUGUGACCUGCACAGAGUAUUCCGGAAGCUCCGGAGCAUCCAGAGGCUCUUCCUGGACGACUACUCCAACCUGACUUGUAUGGAGCCGCUUGUCCUCAGGAAUGACCUGCUGAUGGACGUGGACAGCGAGCUGUGCAUCGCUGAGACCGUCACCGUGCUCAUCAUCACCAUCACCGUGGUGAUCACCGUGCUGGCAGCCAUGCUUAUGGGCGAGAGGAAGAAGAAGAAGAGGAGGAGGGACUUCACUGGACGCAGCAGGGGGACUUUUCAGGCGAUUCAGACUUCUGAAACACGUCUUCUUCAUCCUCCUCUCAGAAGUCUUCAUCUCCUCUCUCCAACCGACCUCGGAGAAACGAGUUACCUGAUUCUGUCUGGCUGGAUUCCUGCUAGAAUUUACCGUGUCCUCUACUAAAAUGAUAAUGUGAUUUAUUUGGACACAAACUAGGAUAUUGUGAUGUUUAAAGGGUUUGUGGCUCCCCUUGCAGGUCAAACCGACUCGCUGCACUGGAAAACCUUGACCUGGAGCAGACGGGUGUGGUUUGAACCUUUUAUGAGGCCUUCCAGGAACACUUGUCCGGAAUCCCUUCUCACCUGUUUCCACACCUUUGUUGGCGUUGGUGUCACCAUGCCACGCCGUCCUGUUCUGAUAUUAGAAACACUCUCAGUUCUGUCUAAAAUCUGUAUCUGCAUCUUUUUCUGUCGCAUGUUUGAUGAGUUUUUAUUAAACAGAAAUAUUGUUUUAUUCCCACAAAUUGUGAAUAAAGUUGAAAUGUUUUCUAGGUGACAAAGAUGAGUCAAGGAGCAUUUCGGAAAUUAAACUCUCCAGGCUUUCAUCUUUUGGAUUAUAGAACGCUUUUUAUCCGCUGAUUUGCAAAUAUGUGAAUUCACCUCAUGGCCGUAAUUUAUUUGGGGGGGGGGGGGCACGUGCCCCCCACUUUUUCCAAAGUCAAGUUUUGACCCCUGCAAUUUUACCAUCCAAAAACAAUAUUACGCUACAUUAAAUUGACACUGGUUGAGCUCUAGGACCAAGCUGAAAACAACCGUUUGUGUUGAAGCCUGUUUCCCAUUACAGCAUACUGUAAAGAUACCCCCCCCCCCCACACACACACACACACACUUCUAAAGUGAAAAUUACGUCCAUGAUUCACCUGUACAAAUUACAUCAUGUUCUAAAAUCCAAAUUAAACAAUUUUUGUAUCCUGUAAAAAUUCAGAAAUGUUUAUUUUUCGUUCUCUUGAAUUUAUUUCUUUGAUGAGGACAACUUAUUAUUUAGUGUUCCUAUAAAAAUAAAAAUAAUU